AUGACCAAAAAGAAGAUGCUACAACUCGAGCAGAAGCGCACCAACAUCCUAGCGGCGCUGGAUCGGUGCGAGGAAUUCUCCCAGAACUGCGAUGCUGAAAAGGACCACUAUGAAAUCACCCUUCGGAUCGAAAGCAUGGACAAAUUAUGGAGCUCGUUCGAGGAUGUGCAAUCUGACAUCGAAUGCCACGACGAAUCCGUCCAGGGAGAACCUCAACAUAUGGCUACGCGCGAGAAAUUUGAAUCGAAGUUUUUCCGUGUAAAGGGCGUGCUGCUGUCGAAAAUACCGGAUACGCCGAACCCACAUAGCACGCAUCAGCAAUCUCAACCGAAUUCAUCGCAUCUAGCUGCAGUCAAAUUACCGACCAUCAACCUUCCUGAAUUCAGCGGGGACUACAACCAGUGGUUAACGUUCCAUGAUACAUUCAUCGCCUUAAUCCACUCUUCCACCGAACUUUCGACCGUGCAAAAAUUCCAAUAUUUGCGGGCGGCGGUAAAAGGCGAGGCGGCUCAACUGAUCGAAUCGCUCACCAUCAGCUCCAUGAGUUAUGCUGUGGCAUGGCAGGUUCUGGUCGAUCGGUAUUCGAACACCUAUUUGCUGAAAAAACGCCACCUUCAGACGAUGUUGGAUCACCCUAAAAUGAAACGAGAGUCAGCUAACGGAUUGCAUGGUCUCAUCGAUGCCUUCGAGAAGCACACGAAGAUAUUGAAGCAGUUACAGGAACCUGUCGACGGCUGGAGUACAAUCUUAGCACAUCUGCUAUGCGCUCGCCUAGAUGACGUCACACUGAAGUUGUGGGAGGAUCAUGCUUCUACAUUGACGGAGCCGAACUAUACUGCCCUCAUCGAAUUCCUGCAACGGCGGACACGUGUGCUCGAGUCCCUCUCGGUUAACUCUUCCCAAGCAGCGCAAUCAACUUCGUCACAACCCCUGCCCUCAAAGCGUUUCGGCCCAGCGAAGGUGUAUACUCAUGCUGCUUCCGAUGAGCGAAUCUUCAAAUGCGUAGCGUGCUCGCUUAAUCACCGUUUGGUGGAAUGCAUCGAAUUUCCCAAGAUGCCACUGGAGAAACGGCUGGACCUGGUGAACUCGAAUCGGCUGUGCAGCAAUUGCUUCAGGACGGACCACUUCGUGAAGAACUGCCAAUCGAAAUUCCGUUGCAAAACCUGUAGAGGAAAGCACCACACGAUGAUUCAUCCAGGGUUUCCCAACUCGAAUUCAGUUUCGAACGUAGCGACGUCAAGAGGAUCGGAAGACAGCGAGAACGGGUCACCCUCAACAAUAGUCAACACAGUAGCGGUCGGUUGCAGUACGUUCUUGAUGACAGCGGUUGUAAAGGUCGUCGACCGCCACGGGAAUGAACUGUUUGCUCGUGCAAUGCUAGAUUCUGGAUCCAUGUCAAACCUGAUGACGGAAAGGCUCGCUCAACUGCUGCGCGUGAAGGGACAGAAGGUGAAAAUCGACGUACAUGGUGUAGGCACAGGCGUGGUAAAAUGCUCCCAAACCGUAUCCGUGGAGGUGCGGUCUCGAUUGACAGACUUCGCCAUGACUAUGGAAUUCUUGGUACUGAACAAGGUCACUGCCAAGCAACCCGUCGAAAGUAUCUCCACGCAUUCAUGGACCAUCCCUGAGAAUGUAUCAUUGGCGGAUCCGAAGUUCAACGUACGAGGCGAAGUGGACCUUAUUCUCGGAGUGCAACACUUUUUCUCGUUAUUCGGCCAAACGCCUCCGAUUCAUCUGGGACCCAACCUUCCUUUGGUCGUCGAAACCGUAUUUGGAUGGGUCAUCGCCGGAAGCUCUUCACUACAACCACAUUCUCGGAUCACCAUCUCUAACUGUGCCACAGCUGAACCAUUGGGUCGUUUGAUAGAACGCUUCUGGGAAGUUGAGGAACUGGUCGACCGGAAACAACUGUCUAUCGAAGAGGAGGACUGUGAGGAGCUCUACAACACAACAACGACGCGAGAUGAAGAAGGGCGAUACGUCGUCAGAAUGCCGAAGAAACCGAUGAUCGAUCAAAUGUUGGGAGAAUCCAGGUCAUCGGCCCUGCAUCGUUUCAACCUACUGGAGAAAAGGCUCGAAAGGAACGAGGAACUUCGAACAGCAUAUCACAAAUUCCUGCGAGAGUACCUUGAUUUGCAGCACAUGGAGUUGGUUCCUGAUUCCGAGCAGCAAUCCAAACGAAGUUUCUACUUGCCCCAUCACCCUGUCCUGAAGGCUUCCAGCACAACUACAAAAUUGAGGGUUGUCUUCGACGGAUCGGCGAAAACUAGUACCGGAUGCUCCCUAAAUGAGGCACUGCUUGUGGGCCCUGUCGUACAGGAUGAACUACUGCACAUUGUGAUUCGUUUCCGGAAGUAUGCUGUAGCUUUGGUCGGAGACAUUGAAAAGAUGUACCGUCAGGUGACGGUCCACCCUGAGGACAGAUCUCUUCAACAAAUCUUGUGGAGAUUCGACACAUCCGAACCUAUUCGUACCUACCAACUUCGUACCGUUACCUACGGACUGGCUCCAUCAUCGUACCUAGCAACCAAAACACUCCUGAGACUCGCCGAGGACGAAGGACAAUAUUACCCGAAGGCAGCACCACUGGUUCCGAAAUGCUACUACGUCGAUGACUUCAUUGGGGGAGACGACACUGUGGAAGGAGCCAUCACUUUGCGAAAUGAGAUGGGUGAUCUGAUGGCCAAAGGCGGCCUUCCCUUACGAAAAUGGACAUCGAAUCGUCUGGAAGUUCUCCAAGGACUUCCCCAAGAUCAAAUCGGAACACAAUCCUCUAUCAAAUUCGAUCCGGACGAAACCGUUAAAACGCUGGGCAUCACCUGGGAACCAGAAUCCGAUUGUCUGAAGUUCGACAUCAGCAUCAAGGAAAACGACGGUCCACUGACGAAGAGGAAAAUCCAGUCCUGCAUAGCGCAACUCUACGACCCCCUAGGACUCAUUUCUCCGAUCGUCAUCUCUGCAAAGGUCAUCAUGCAACUAUCGGUGCAGUUGCACUGCUUCGCAGACGCCUCCAAGGUAGCAUAUGGCUGUUGCAUCUACGCACGCUCGGUGGAUGAACAUGGUACGGUGAAGGUUCAACUGGUUUCGGCGAAAUCCCGGGUCGCUCCCUUGAAACGACUCAGCAUCCCCCGACUGGAACUGUGCGCCGCACAACUCGCCGCUCGUUUGUACACCAAGGUCACUCAAGCACUGGAAUUGGAAUUCGACGCCGUACACUUUUGGUCGGACUCGACCGUAGUCCUAGAUUGGUUACGGGCCCCAUCAUACCACUGGAAAACCUUUGUGGCCAAUAGAGUAAGCGAAAUCCAAACUACAACCCACGAUGCCCCAUGGAAACACGUCCCAGGAACCCAAAACCCGGCGGACCUGGUCUCAAGAGGAAUGCACGUCAGCGACUUCCUGGAAAGCAGUCUAUGGCAUCACGGUCCGGAAUGGUUAGGUACAUCGGAGGAGAAUUGGCCACAACAGAAGGAAUUGGAACCUGCACCGGAGGAUCAAAUGGAGAGGGAAACGGUGGCGGCUGUGGCAGCCUGCACGGUCAAAAUCAACCCUAUUUUCUCUCGCUACUCGCAUUUCACCAAACUCAUCCGAGUGACCGCUUGGAUAUCUCGGUUCCGACGCAACUGCCAAUCGCGUCAUCUUGGUCAACACCUGCAUUUGGACACAACCCUGUCUGUGGAAGAAUUGGAAAGCGCAAAACACCAACUCGUCCGACUCGUUCAAUCGGAAACCUAUCAACAGGAACUCAAGGACCUCUCCACUGGUAAACUCGUUUCUCCCAAGUCAACCAUUCGCAACUUGCUCCCGUUCUAUGAUGAGAAAGGCAUACUUCGAGUUGGAGGCCGUCUACGACACUCCAAUGAACCGUACGAGACGAAACACCCAAUCCUUCUACCAGGAAACCAUCCGUUCACCAAACUGCUGGCUCGACACUAUCACCAUAAGCUUCUACACGGUGGACCACGACUAAUGCUGGCUGUAAUCCGGGAAAAUUACUGGCCGGUCAAUGGAAAACGUCUGCUGCGAGGAAUCACCAGAAGCUGCUACGAAUGCACACGAACGAAUCCGGUUCCAGUACGACAACCUAUGGGUCAACUUCCAGCCUCACGGGUAACUCCCAGCCGAGCAUUCUUCCACACCGGAGUGGAUUAUUGUGGUCCAAUCUAUCUGCGUCCACCUCAUCGGAAAGCUGCACCAAUCAAGGCAUACAUUUGCGUAUUUGUGUGCUUUACUUCAAAAGCGACCCAUCUGGAACUCGUGGGGGAUCUUUCGACGGCAUCGUUCAUGUCGGCACUCCGCCGAUUCAUUGCACGACGGGGAAAACCAGCUCACAUACAUUCCGAUAAUGGUAAGAACUUCAUCGGGGCUCGGAAUGAGCUCCACGAAAUCUACCAACGUCUGCAAAACCAGUCCGACCUAAACCACAUCCGGGACAAUCUCGCUAUGGAAGGAAUAUCGUGGCACCUAAUCCCACCGAAGGCACCCAAUUUCGGCGGAUUGUGGGAGUCCGCGGUCAAAAUCGCAAAACGUCAUCUGCAGCGGCAACUUCGAGAUUCCCUACUCAGCUACGAAGAGAUGUCAACAGUACUGGCACAAAUUGAAUCGUGCAUGAAUUCGAGGCCACUUUGUGCACUAUCGGAGGACACUUCGGAUCUUUCUGCCUUGACACCAGGCCACUUCUUGAUUGGCACCUCCUUGCAUGCUCUGCCAGAUCCGGAUCUUCGAGAAAUCCCCAUUAAUCGGCUCGAUCGAUUUCAGCGGCUUCAGGAGAAAACACAGCAAUUCUGGUUUCAAUGGAGGAACGACUAUUUGAAGGAACUGCAACGUGAUUCCAAACCCUUUCGCUGCCCUAGCACGACGCUGAGGACGGGGACGAUGGUGAUUCUCCGCGACGAUUCGCUACCUCCUAUGAAAUGGCCUCUAGCACGAAUUCUCGAAGCAAAUCCUGGCGGCGACGGCGUGGUGAGAGUGGUUGUUGUUCGGACGAGCAGCGGGAUAUACAAGCGACCGGCUUCCCAGAUCUGUCUUCUGCCAGCGGAUAAUCAGCAAUCUUUUUCAGCAAUCAGCGAUACAGCGGAGCACGAUGUGGACGACGAUUCAGAAUGCUGA